AUGGGUAGAGGCGGCUUCGCGCUGAACACGGGCGCUUACCGUGAGCUGCGCAGCACGAAGGGAAAGGGCAAGGGCAAGGGCGCAAAAGGUGGCAAGGGCAGCGGUAAGUCCAAAGGCAAGCUUGCCUUCCAAAAGAAGCUGCUCAAGAAGAAAGCUCAGAAGGCAGAGGCGAAGAAGAAUGCCCAGCGGGAGUCUUCGGAUGAAGAGGUCGACACCCAGGAUGUUUUCUGGCGACCAACCUGGGACACACUGGGCCCUCUUCAGGAGGUGAAGGAGAAGGGCGACAUGAACCGAUUGGGUCGGAAGCGGGAGAAGGCAGCGGAGCUUCGCAAGGCUCAAGUAGAGUUGGAGAUCCUUUGCGUGGACAUGACAAGGCCGCCAAAAGCCAACUGUGACAACAGAUAUCGUUUUCCGGACGAGACCCACUUCGACGAGCUGGACUGGAACACAGGCUUUGCAGAGCUUUGGCUUUAUGCUCUCCGUGCCGCCCGUUUGGCACUGCCGGAGUCUGCUGGCGGCCUAUUGCGGGCAGCAAAGGAAGUGCGCAUAGUGCGAAGUGAGAAGCGACUGCACCGGAGCUUUGUGGCCGCAGGCAAGGCUUUCGAUCGCAUUGCCGAGAAGUUGCGGCAGCUCGUAAACGUGACGCCCAGUGUGGCUCCCACAACCUGCACGUUGGCAUCGUCGACCGUCAAAAGAAGCAUCCGCCUCUCCAAUGACCUUCAGAUGCCAGUGCUGGGGUUGGGCACAACCAUGCUCAACGGUGCGUCUGGGAAGGAGGCCAUCCUCGCGGCGCUGCGAGAAGGCUACCGACUGAUAGACACGGCGCAGGCCUAUGAAAACGAGGCCGAGGUGGGCGAAGCUAUCCUCCAGUCUGGCAUACCUCGCUCGGAGAUCUUCGUCGCGACGAAACUGUCAGACGAUGGCGAUUGCAAGCCGGGCAGGGCGAAAGCACGGGUUCGGGCGCAGCUGAAGCUGCUGAAAACGAGCUACAUUGAUCAGUACAUGCUCCAUGGGCCAUGCGAAAGCAUGGUCGAAGCUUGGAAGGAUCUCGAAGAACUGUACGAUGCUGGCGUACUGCGAUCACUUGGUGUGUCGAAUUUCGACUACACUCAACUGAAACGUUUCUCGGGGCAGGUUCGCAUCGCACCGCACGUCGUGCAGAACAAGUUCUCCAUCUACCACCGUGGCUGGGCUCCUGUGGAUCCUCUGAGGGACCUCGCCGAAGCUUUUCGCAAGGAGGGCAUGGUUGUCAUGGGCUAUUGCAACUUGGAUGCGUAUCCACACGUCUUGCAGCCGCUGGAAGACAUCUUUGUGCGGAGAAUUGCUUCGCGUUGUGGGAGAACGCCUGCCCAGGUUCUGCUGCGCCAUGCUCUGCAGCACCACACGGUGGUCAUCCCCAAGUCAGAAAGGCCGGAGCGCCUCAGGGAGAAUGCAGACAUUUUCGACUUCGAACUGUCGCCUGAAGACAUGCGGAUCCUGGAUGCCCUGCCAAUGCUGGCGCACCACGGACGAGAGCCCAGCUAUGUUGAGGACGUGUUGGGCUUGAGGAAUACGGACGAACACUCCGCCGAGCUGUAG